GUGGUUUUUGAUUUUAUACGGCCCGAAAACUAUGAAAGAUAACAACAAACAAUUGUAGUUUAGUAAUUUUGUUAAAGAUUUUUGGUUAGACUUCUCCGUAUAAGUGAUGAAAGGACCCUGCAUUUUUUGUUGUUGUAUAAUAUUCUGAUAGUUUUUUUAGUUAGGUUUCCAAAAAAUAUAAUUUAAUCAUGCUCGUCAAGUUUUCAUAUUUAUAUUUUGCCUAUACUUUAGUAAUAUUUUACAUAGUAAAUUCAGUUGUAACUGUUACAUAUAUGGAUGAAAUAUUUCAUGUGCCUCAAGCGCUCAAGUAUUAUAAUGGCAUUUUUUACGAAUGGGAUCCCAAAAUAACUACUCCUCCUGGUUUAUAUUUCAUUACAAAUGCAGCAUUGCUUCCAUUAUCCUUGUUGACUGGUUUUGAUUUCAACAAAGUCGAAUAUUUUCGUCUAACCAAUGUUUUCUUCACGGUCGGCAUAUUCUACCUUGUGUACAAGAUUCUUCGAAUACAGCAAAAGGAGGUUGAAGUGAGAAUUACUAUGCUUUCUGCUCUAAACAUAUCCAUGUUUCCAGUAUUGUAUUUUUUCACAUUCCUGUACUAUACCGAUUGUGGCUCAACUUACUUUGUUUUGCUGAUGUACUACUGGCACAUGAAAAAUUCCUAUUUAUCUGCAUCUGCUGCUGGUGCUGUAAGCAUUUGUUUUCGCCAAACAAACAUUGUUUGGGUUUUUUACGUUGCCGCAGAGGAAUCACUGCACUACUUAACAAUAUUUUGCAAGGAUGCUUUGGCCAAAAAAGAAAAACAAAUGCAAGUUUUGACUUUUCGAGAACUUACCAAAGAAUGUCGCCCAAUUUGGAGAAACAACUGGAAAGAAUUUUUCAAGAAAAUGUUUGAAAUUAACUGUGGUUACAUACCAGUAGCAAUAGGGUUUGUUGCAUUUGUACUCCACAACGGAUCUGUAGCUCUUGGUGACAAAGCUGCUCAUCAAGUCUGUAUCAAUGUUCCUCAGAUAUUUUAUUUUUUGUUGUUUGUUUUGUGUUUCGCAUGUCCAUAUUUAAUUUCAUUAAAUCAAAUCAAAGAGUUUGUGAAUUUUGUUUUGAGUCGAAAAUUGUAUAUCAGUGCCGUAUUUUUGUUCUGUGCUUAUUGUAUAAUUAAUUUGACUCACGUCCAUCCAUAUUUGUUGGCUGAUAAUCGUCAUUUUACGUUUUAUAUCUGGAGGAAGAUUCUUGGGAAAAAUUCCGUUGUUUCUAUUCUUUUGAUACCAUUGUAUAUAUACAGUAGUUGGUCAAUAAUUUUUGUUAUUAGUCACAAAAAGAAUUUAUUCAAGAUCAUUCUUUUGUUUUGUUUCAUAAUGUCAAUUGUUCCACAAAAGUUGCUUGAAUUUAGAUAUUUUAUCAUUCCUUACAUUAUGCUGAGAAUACAUAUAAGAGCAGAAAACAAAUGGCAGCCUUAUAUUGAAUUUCUUUUAUACUCUUCCAUAAACUUCAUAGUGUUAUAUUUAUUUUUGUUUAAAACAUUCACAUGGGACAAUAGUGAAGAAACACAAAGAUUUAUGUGGUAGAAAUUGAUUGAUUUUGACCUAAUUUUACUGCAAAAAAAAAAAAAAAAAUGUAUGAAUGCUUUUCUUUUCAUAAUGUAAUUUUCAUUGUAAUUUCAAUAUUUUACUGAUAUUUAGAUAUUCAAUAGCACAAGUCGUGAUAAAGAAAAUGAUUUGCAAUAUUUAAUUCAAUACUUUCUUCUCUCACACAUUGAAAAGAGUUUUAAAUUGCUGUUUUGCUAUUUUUUGACUCAUUUUAAUGCACAGGAAUCAUAUACUCUCAUUGAAGUGUAAAUAAAUUGUCUAGCAAACUUAUUUUGCAUAAUAAUCAUUUUUUUUAAAUUAGUUCACAGUUUUUGCAGAUUUCUUUUCAUUUUAUAAUUUUUUCCAUGGUGCCUAAAUUUUUUUUAUGAGUCUCUUGCGUCACAAAGUCACAUGUGGUUGUAAGUCCCUCAUGAGCUUCAUCCUUAUUUUCAACUAAUAACAGUUGAGAAAGCAUGAUUGUUGUAGAAUAACUUACUCUUACUUUCAAUUGUUUUCUUCUCUUCAGCAAAAGUUCUUGAUGCCAGUUUGUUCGAGGCAACACAUUUCCAGUUGACGAGAUCUAAUACUUGUUGCUGUUUCAACAAUAAUUCUACCUAAUUUCAUUUUUCAAAUCAUCAUUAUUAAUUUGACUGUAUGAACUGUAAAUUAAUCAUUUCACUCAGAUGCAAGUUUCUUUUUGAUUGUCCUAUAUCUUGCAACAUUUCUAUACAAUUAAGCAGGCCUGGAUCUAGAAAUUUUGGCCCUCCCCCUUGCAAAAGCCCCUUGCAAAGGGCUAGCUGUGUAUAUUUGAAAUGUUACAAGUCAUAGUGCUAGUUUUUUCCCAAUUUCUCCCCCCCCCCCUCCCCCAUUGAGAGAAAACAAAAAUAUCAGCCAUAUGUUUGUAAGGACUCAUGUCACUCAUUUUUCAUGCAAAGCAUAUUACAAACUUCAACAGUGCUCAGGUGCGACUGCGAAGAGUUGACCCUUGGCUCCGCCUUUUUUCAGAAUUUUCCAUUUUCGUGAAGGUGUGAUAUGGAGAGGAAAGUUGAAGCGAAGUUUGCCAGUAAGUCAUUGGU